AGUCUCCGUAUGGAAACUAGCCACCAUUUGCAAUUUAAUUUCUCAAUCACAUGACCGCUUUGUGCUCCAGCCCUUCGCCCCAAUACAUGCCAUGGAUGUUAUCACCGCCCAGUUCAUCAGCCUCAGCAUCCAUAACUCAGACAAUCAAGAAACUAUACAUGGUGGACAGUUGACAGAACAACAAAAGGCAUAUAUCCUCAAGCUCCAGAGCCACCUUACGAAAGAGCACUUGCUUGCCCACGAGCCAUGGUCCGGUCAUCGGAUUCCUCCCGAGUACAUCCAGAGCAGGUUCAGCGACCCUCCCGUCAUGUUUUUUGGUAUUGGCGUCCAGCUAACUACCGAGGACUUGCUUCCCAUUGCCCGGACUCUCAAUGCACCUAUCUCUAUCUGUUCCUCAGGAGAUAAACUGAUACAACUCCUGUCCCUCGUUAGGGACAUUCGUCGCACUAUUCGUAAGGGGCUCACGUCACAUAGGCGAAUCGAAUCCUGGGAAAUCAUGUCACCCAGCACGAAUAUGACGGUAGUGAUAUGCAUAACCGACAAUAGCUUGGACAGAUUGUCUCACAAGCCUCUGGAUGUGGAUGAUGAGACCCGUCUUCGCACCAUCAAGUGGGAAAAACUGCAGAUCUCCGCGGAGGCUCUGCAUAAUCUGACGGGAAGGGAGCCGAAGUGGUACAUAGGCGGUAUUGGCCACAAUAUCGAGUGGGAUUGUCGCACUGGCCAUCACCUGUUUGGCCUGAAGAUGUGUUGAAGCCAUGAAGUCAUUGCAGUGCUGGUUCCCCUUCAUGAUUCGUUCGCCUUUCCUUUCCUCAGGGCAGUUCGAGCGUGUUCAUUCCUUCCUUCCUUAAUAUGGUAGUCUCUUCCUCUUGUUCUCCGUUUAGCACUCCCUUGCAUUCGAGUUUCCAGCCUUUCGCAAGGCGCUCUCCGUUACGGUUACCCUAGACUGACAGAGAGCUGUUGUUGCGCUUGAUUUGUUCUAGACACUUUUCUCACUGCCAUCAGUUUUAAAUCGAAUUAAUUGUUUCAACGCGUAAUGGGAC